UCUCUGGAAAGUUCUCUUUCAGUUUUUUUUCUCUUGUUGAGGGUUAAAGGGUUAAUGUUUAUAAUUGUGAAAACUGAUUAUCAUUAAUUUGGGUUUCUCUUCAAAAGGGACUUGCGCAAUUCUACUACAGGAAUUAGAUUAGAUCCGAAGAUAAUCUAAUCUGAUAAAGGUUUCAGGAGUUUCGUUGUAAAUUUUCACGAAGGGUCCCUUUAAUUCUAGGAGUGUUUAUAUUUUAUCUCUCUUUUAUCAAUAUUGGGAUCACUUUCCUAAACAGGGGUGUAUCUAAUCAUUUAAUCCAUUCCUAGAUUCGAUCUUUUAACACGAAUAUUUUCCACCAGACCCAAAUCUAGAUUUUUAAUAGUUUAAGUUGAAUUCAAAUAAAAUCUCCGGUUACAAAUUACAAUUACAUGCUCAUUUUCAUAAAGUGACUUUAACGUAGAUUAAACAGAUAGGACACAAGAUAAAGAUAUUGUAGUUUUCUUGGGCUUCGUACUUUUGUUCAUGUUUUCAAAAAAAGGUUAGAAUUCGACACGUUUUGCUGAUCCUAAAAAUACUACAAAAUCGCAUUUCUUUUAUAUAUAACUUACUAACAAUACUAUGAGUACUUUUUUAUUCAGUAUUUUUAUUUUUCAUACUCGGUUAUAGACCAGGAUUUGGGGUAGUUACACAUAUUCAAAUGCACUAUCAUUGAUAUCUAUGUUCUAAACCCUAUGCACAGACAGUGCUUUCUUGCUAGUCAUAAGAGAACCAGGAUCAGAUUAAUGUUCAGGGUCUGAAUUAGUUUCAGCUUUUCAGAGUUUAGUUAACAAUUUUAUUAUAUUGCAUGCAGAUUAAUAAAUAUGUAGAGUGACCGAUUUCUAAUCACAAAUUAGAAUAGAGUCGGAGCCAGGACGGGUUUGGAGUUAGAACGCAGAAGAGGCAAGGACGAAUACGGAGCAAGGACGAAAAAGAAAGUGGUCGGAUGUAGCACGAAGACGGGGUUAGUGAUUUAAAAACAUUGGGAUAAGCAAAUAUCAAAGAUUGAUUGAGAACCUGAGGAAGGACGGAUGGUGUGCUAGAACCAAGCGGAGUUGGGACGGAAAUUAUGGAAGUUUAAAACCUGCGAGAUAACGAAACCGCAGAAUGUUGUGGUGGAAAAAAGAAACGAACCGACCUUAUGAAUGGGAGGGAGAAUUAGAUCCGGAGGGAGAAUCUGAUGAUGACGAGGAGGGUCCAACCCUGGUUACUGUGGACGAUGGCAAGGGUGGUAUCAAACAUAUCAAGAUCGACCGGCCUGCUGAUACGCAGUCGGAGAUGGGUCAUCUCUCAACAGACGGAACGAGUUCUAUGGAUGGGAGUAGUAUGGGAUACAGAGUCACUUCAAAAAAUUCCUUAUCAAAGCCUGGGCUUGGUGAUCUUGUCAAGAAAGAAUUAAAAGGAAAAAAUUUUCUAAAUAUUGAACCUCACUCGGAGAAACUCAGGAAGAGAAUAGUCUCAAAACGAGGAAAUAUUAAUGUUGGAAAAACAAAAGUUUCAAAAAGGUUCCAAAUAUUUAAAAAUCUAAACAGCUUUUACACCUCUAAGGAUAAACUUGAGUUUCCAAACCGGGUUUUGUCCAUAAACAUUCUCUUAAUUUCCCCGUUCUGGUAUGUUCAUAUCCUGUUUCUUCUUAGUUUUUUCCUCUCCUGGCUUGCUUUUGCUUUAGUUUGGUAUGCUAUCGUGUACUACCAUGGAGACCUGGAGCCUGAUCACCUGCCAGCAAACCAGGAGAAGGUUGGAUGGGUUCCUUGUGUCUGGCAAAUUAAUAACUUCGCCUCAGUAUUCUUAUUCAGUGUAGAGACACAACAUACAAUAGGUUAUGGUGGAAGACAGACCUCCGAGGAGUGUCCAGAGGCAAUAUUUGUCAUGAGCUUUCAGUCUAUAGUUGGGGUGAUGAUUCAAGCUUGUAUGGUUGGGAUUAUAUUCAGUAAACUGUCCCGUCCCAAGAAGAGAUCUCAGACCUUGAUGUUCAGUAAAAACGCUGUAGUUUGUCAGAGGGAUGGAGCAGCUUGCCUUCUCUUUAGAGUUGGCAAUAUGCGUCAUUCAACCCUUGUAGAAGCUCAUAUUAGAGCUAUUAUGAUCAGUAAACGAGUCACUGAGGAGGGAGAGGUCAUGCCAUAUCAUCAAACAGAACUUAAGGUUGGGACGGAUCUAGAAGGGGAAGAGGACUGUUUAUUCUUUAUAUGGCCAACUACAGUAGUUCAUAAAAUAACUGAGGAUAGUCCUUUUUAUGGCAUGAACGCUAGAGAUUUUUUGAAGAAAAGAUACGAGAUAGUUGUUAUACUAGAGGGGGUUAUAGAGCAGACAGGAAAUUCAAUUCAGGCCAGAUCUUCCUACUUGCCUAACGAAGUACUAUGGGGGUAUAGAUUUGUGAGUUUAUUGAACUUUAAACAUUCUAAAUCUGAAUACAAGAUUGACUACUCAGCUUUCAACUCAGUUUAUAAAGUUCACAUGGACUGCAGAAGCCAGAAGGAGAGGGAUGAGAUGGAGAACGAGGAGGAGGAAGAGGAGGAGGAGGAGAAGGAAGAGAAUAAGUUCCUUCCGAACCUGCAGCAGUCAGUGACAAAUAUAUCCGGAUACAUUCCGACAUAUCUCUCCAGAAACCAACUUGAGAAAACUAAUAGUUGUACAGAGAUAUUACACAUGGUUUAAACCCAUGCAAACUAGACUGACCGGAGCUCCUCUAGUUUUGAGUUUACCCCCAAGUAAGAGAGAAGCAAAUUCUUCCUUUACAAUAUAGAACUGCAGAACAUUUUUGUUCUUCUCAAUAGAGCUCCCCAAAAAGAGGAGUUAUGAUUGAAAACAUAAAAGAUUUCAAUCUUAAGUACAAUUUAAUUUAGUCUAACGUGAAACAAGUUGCUCAGAGCCCGCGAUUUAAAAGCUUCGGCUCGGGUCUUAAUUUCUUAACCCAGCUAAUAAACCCAAUCUAAGACCCAACUCUGACGACAGCUAGCUUGUAUAACGUGAUUGACAGCUUUCAGAAUGAUAUCUUGGUUGGUUUUAAUAGAGAAUAAGGCUCAAUGUUGAGCCUUGUUCUCAUCAAAACCCGGAAUGCGCCAAUUCCAAUUAUGAAAAUCCGCCAAA